AUGGCUAAGCGGCGCAGAUGUGCCGAACUCCCCGAUCAUCUCAUCGAGGAAAUAUUCCUGCGGUUGCCAGCCAAGUCGGUGCUUGGGUGUCGCUGCCUCUCCCGCGCCUGGGCCGCCAAGCUCUCCUCGGAAAAUUUCAAAGACCGCCACCACUGCAUGGCCAACCUCCACGGCGGCCCCAGGAUCUUUGGCACGCAGCACUGGACAUACGCCACGGAGCCGAAGGUGCUAGCACCACUCACGAUCAUCCCGCGCGUCAUCCCGCUUGAUAGUUUCCCACGUCUUGGCACUGCGUUACCAUCAUCGGUUGAAGGAGAAGAAGAGGAUGAUGCACCACCCGGGCCCAUUGUCGCGCACCUCGUCACAGCGCAGUGUCGUGGCCUGGUCAUAGUGACAAUCAGGCCCACAAGAAAGACUUUUCUCCCUGACAUGUCCUAUGUUUGCAACCCGUCUACCGGCCAGAUGACAGCUUUGCCGGAGGGCCGGACAACGGGCUACCGAGGUUCUACCGAGUACAGGGAGAACUAUGAUGGCCUAGGGCUCGGCUACGACGUCCGCACCAAGAAACACAAGGUCGUGCGCAUCUACUACCGCGGAGGCGGCCUCAUGUCCGCUGGCUGUGAAGUCUACGUGAUAAACGGACCCAUGGGGUCGUGGCGGCCGAUCGGUGAGAAGCCCAUGGGUUCGAUAGACCAAUACGGUACGAGUGUCUUCGCGCAAGGGCAUGUGUACUGGGUGGCCUGUCGACACAGAGAGAUGUUCAUCAUGUCCUUCUUUCUCGCAACUGAGAAGUUUGGGACCAUAGAACCACCGUUGGACAUGGACAAGAAGCAGAUGUAUGAUUUGACGGAGCUUGGCGGACGACUUUGCCUUUUUACCUAUCAAUCUGGACAGCAUUGCAACAUCUGGCUGUUGAAUCAAUAUGGAUCAGCUGGAGCUUCAUGGCAACUGCAAUACCGAAUCAACGCAUCACCAGAAGUCAUGUUAUUCGGGGCCAGCCCGCUCGCCAUCAUCGACAACGGCCGCCGCAUACUCCUCACACAGCCUAGCUUCCCAGACCAAAUAUACGCAUACAACCCUGUCACUCAUGAUAUUGAGAACCUCCUCGACUGGAGCGGUUCAUCCAUCUCGAGUCCCACCUUGGGCAUAAGUUAUGUUGCUGUAUACGAGGAAAGCCUCGCCUCACCGGGGCGGCAGCCUUGCAAAGAAACAUCUUGA